UAAAACGAUGAGUUUUCUUAUAAAGGCUGCAAAUAACACAUUCAGAUGUUCGCUGUGGCAGUCCCGAGGCAUUUCAACAACUGCGCCGUUGUUAUUAAAAGAAAUUCAGGAGAAGCGUGAGGAUAAUGCAGUGGUCUACGAGGGAGUAAACGUGGUGUCACCACGGGCAGAGACUAUGCUGCAGUCCGCCUGUGACAAGAGAUUCUGUCCAGAGUGCUCUCUGGGUCUGGAUAUAAAACACACCGAUGUUCUCAUAUUAUCACAAUAUGUCAGAUCUGAUGGAUGCAUGUUGCCUAGACGUAUAACAGGAUUGUGCCACAGGCAGCAGAAGAAGAUUGGAACGCUGGUAACUAUGUGCCAAAAGGCCGGUUUGAUGCCCAAUCUUAAUCCUGCAUGGAGCAAAAAAGAUCCGAAAAAGCGUUUUGGCUGGCGCAAAUUCAACAAGUACUUCUUGGAGUCAACGAUAAAAUAUUAAUGCUGGCUAUAGAAAUAAAUAAUUUGUACAUUUUA